AUGCGAACGCUAGUGAGCGUAGUCAAAGGCACACCUGGAUGCGGUGGCGUGCGAAAGGAAGAAACGUUGAAAGGGGCACGUGGGAAAUUAGAGCAGACAUUGAAUCUUAAUGCAAAACAGGGAGCAGAAAUACCAGGAAGUUCGGCACCAGCGGAGCCGUCCUCGACGCCGACGCCAACAGCAACAGCAACACCAACGCCAACACCUACACCAACAUCUACUGCGCCCGAUUCCGCUCCAGCGCCACAGACGGCACCACAAUCACCAACAGGAAAACGAAGUGGCUCCACGAAAAGAUCUCGAACCAAAUCCGGCUCAAAACGUCGAAAGAAACGAGAAACAAUGCCUGAGGGGUUCGACCAAUGGCCGGAAAUCGACCAAAAAUACUAUCAAGAAAUUUCCGCCCUUCUGCGAGAUUCGAAGGCAACCCGAAAGCAGUGUCGCUUCACAAGGCAAAGGAUCGGCGCUUGGAAAUCUCUCAAGCUGCGAUGGGCAAAUCAUCCGACGCACAACAUCGAGAUGAGCGCAUACAAGAAAGCUUUGAAGGAAGUGAAACCACUCGAAAAAAAUGAAAAUCUUGAUGUCGACUACUAA